GUUGCCAUGGGGUACGGGGCAACUUUUGAACCCUUCCAUUGGCAUGCCACACCGAUACACAGGACAGGACCGAUCCAAGGCCUUGCAUUUUUAGCGCCACACGCUUAUUUCGAGUGGAGUGUUAAAGCACGUAUACACAGAGUGAAUGAAACAACAGUGAAAUGCAGCAUGAUACAUUUUCCACGGACAUUUUUUUUUUGUCGUUUCCGUGUGCACUGUUAUUGCAAGCAUAUAAGCCCAUAAUCGGCUGAUAAAGUUACCAGCGUUGUUGUGGGUCGACACAAAAUACAAGCCACGCUUGAACGCUUCCUGGGGCCAAAUAAGCAGCAGUUAUAUUUUGACGAGACGAUUGAAUUGCGUUGGGACCCAUUAUUGUUGACUGGAUGGUUAUCGGAGGUUUCAGAGGAACAACAGGGGUGCGAUAGUUCACAUGUUAUGACACUCGUCGUGCAUUCUACUGGUAUGUAUUCAAGUCGAAUUAUUACUCAGAAUCUGGACGCUAAUUAGUUGACAUUUUAAGGAGGAUGUUCUGAACACUUUAUGAUUAUGGGUCUAUUGUUAAUUCAUCAGGAGAACUCGGCGUUUAUUGUCAUUCGUUAAUGAUCCUUCACGUGAUCGGUGAGCUACAUAUGCACUGUGUUACUGAACACUGCAGAGCAGGUGUCGAGUCUCGCCGACUGGCAAUAAAAUGUUUUUCCUGCUGUUUAAGUUCAGAUUUGUGAACGGUAAUGGAUCAGCAAAAUGAAUAAACUAUCAUGCUCAUGAUGGUUCAGUAAGAUACGGAGAGCGUGUGGUCUAAAGUGCCGUGUACAUAACAGACCUGAAAUCAUGAUGGAUGCGGUGCAAGAGGAGGUAGCCUCGCCGUCCUGCUCAGAUGAAAAUGGUGGAGGGACUGAAGAUGAAGCUUCCCCCGCCAACGAAGACGCAGAUGAGACAGACAGCGACACGCCUAAAGAGGAGGAGGAAAAUGGGGCGGUGUGCUCCUCCCUUAAACUGGACCAUCGAAUGCAGAGGACGUUGUUUGAAUUCGAAGACGCAGACGAAGCCGAACAAGCGGCAGCUGACCCACAGAGCCUGUCCCAGAACCUGACCAAGUUCAAGGACGACCUAUGCGGUUGGGUGCCGGAUACUAGCGUGCAAUACCGGCGAACGGCUGCCGGGAAACAACCGCCAAAAGCCGGCCGGACCGGCUCCAAAUCGGACGGUGCCAGUGCCUCCUCUCGGCGAUUCUUAAACUACCGCAAUAAGUAUGGCCACACCCACCAACACACAGCUAAUAAUGUGGAGUACGAGUUUAAACACUUCGGCAACUACAAGAAGUACAGCGAGCAGUACCGGCGGUUUCACACCUGCGGAGGGCCUUUGCAGAAGCUCACACAGUCCGCAUUAGGAGGCCGGUCCCGGACGAUCUACUACGCCGGUGAUGCUACAGCAGAAGCCGGAGUUGAGGUGGGUACAUGUACCUCCAACACGAGAAGCAACUCUCAAGAACCACGGAUCGGACAAGUCAUGGCUGGACAAACGCUGCGUAGGCCACGGGUCUCAGAGAAGCCCAGCUCCACCACUCAGCCCAUCCUUUCCUACAGUGAUAUCUCGGUGAACUCUCCCCGGUACAAUCUGCUGUCCGAACCGACGCAUCACCGGAAAGCCCGAGCCUUGCAGUACCCCAGCAGCAUGGAGUGGACACACCCUCAGACCGAGACAGGUCUCGGGUACGGCUCCCAACAGCGGACUGGAACCAACGGCAGGCAAACACAAGGAGCUCAGCCCCAGGGGCAGUGGAACGUGGCCAUGAACGAUCAGACGCUGACCGUCUACACCUCCAAACCGCCCGGGAGCCUCCCCGCACCCACCCGCCCUGCUACUCCUCCCAAGCCGCACUUGCCGUUCUUUCCAAGUCAGCAGCCUCUACGACAACUCACCAAGACCAGGUCCUCCCUGACACCUCCCGGUCUGAAUCCCUCCAACGAGCUGCUCCCGAGCGGGUACUCACUGGACAGAUCUCUUGGAACCCCGGCCGGCUAUUCGACUGGAAUUUCUCGUAACCCUGCCCCUCAUCGGGACUUCUACUCACAACUCAUGCACGCCGCUCACUGCCUCAGUUUGGCAGCCAAGUCUCCUAAAGACUUCAAUUUCGAACUGCCUCGCUGGCCGACAUGCACCUCGCACACUGAAAUCAGCACCGGCACCCAACUGCACCAGACUUCACAUCCUGAGAAACCCCCAACAACUUCAUCCACAUCAUCAUCGACAUCAUCUUCAAAUGCAAACAUGCAAGUCCAAAUGAUGGGGAGAGGAGUGAGCACAUCUCCAACCCCUACCAAUCAAACUCUGAGGUCGACGUCACGGCCCUGCAAGCAGCAGCAUCGGCAGCAGCAGGAUCGACAGAAAAUCCGGAAGUCGGCUUCCAUGUACUCCAUGGAGAAUCCCACUUCUGCCACCGAAACCCACUACAUCACCAUAGAGGCGCCCACUUGCUCCCCCUUCGACACCAGGUCUGCCAAGCAGGUCAGGAGACCCAGAGACACCACAGAGGAGGUUGGGGUGAGCAAGGCCGCGUCUUACCGCGUGACUCUCAAGGAGAAAUCGGUGGUGCCGGAGAUCAAGGAGAAGACAUCGGUUGAAAUGGUGGCCGAUGCCAACAGGCCUCUGGCAGUCUGUGAAGUGACUUGGUUUUGAUGUCUACAAGUUUUGCCACUGUGCAACAGUUCUUGCCAUUUUGACGAUGGACAUGAAUUAUUAUAGUUUGAUACAUUUAUCAUGCACACCAGGAAAGAAGGCAACAAAUUCGUAUUCAAACAAUUGUGAAAACAGCAUUGUUUCUGAACAAAGCAGCAUUAUUUAACUGGGUUUUUUUUAACACAAGUAUUAAACGUUUACGUCUCUCCAUUCACAUGCUUUUUUAAAAUGGUUAGAUUCUGUUACAGCCUUGACAGAGAUCUGCACUCUAAAAGUCUUCAUAUGUCUAUGAAACUGUAAGGUGUUUUUGUGUGAAUUAUUCAAACAAUGCAAUUUCUCUGAAUAUUGAGAAGUCAUUUAUGCUGCUGUAAGCUUUUGUGUGUUUGCAUAUGAAUAUUAUUUUGUUUUGCAAAGCAGAUAGUUUGUCACCUCUGCAUUAUUAAAUCCAAGACGGCACAAGGUAUCACAUUUCCAUGAAGACAUUAGAAUGCAUGUACAAGUACUCUACUUUCCUUGCUCAAAUCCAAAAGAACAUGAUCCAGUGGCAGAUGACAGGCCGGGGGUGGGUGGGGGUGUGUUAAACCCUUCCCCACUUGGACGGCAAACAAAAGGAAAAUUAUGCAGUUAAACCAGGCAUGCAACUGGGAAAUCCCAAAAAAAGAGGAAAUUC